ACACAUUGCGUGCCGUGAGGGCACCGGUGCCCUCAUAACUGGGUUCCCAAUGGGCCAUGAGGUCUCCGGUGACCUCAUGUAGCAUAUACUUUAAAUGGUUGUUUUUCAUUGUGGCCUAUCAGUGACAUCAAUUCUAUGUUUUGUAUUGGCCUCAGAAGGAAACAAAUGAAUUAUUUUCGGAAUGGCCAACAGAUCGCAGCAGUUUCAUAGCUCCUACCAGCUGGUAAAGUGGUGAGUACAUAUUACAGCUGUUUAUUUGCAUUAAUCUCAUUGUUUCUGCUGCAAUAUUGAGUUUAUAUUUGAUUAUAAUAAUUGAGUUUAUAUUUUUAUUAUAUUUGCUUAUUAUUGGAGAAUAGAGAUUCAUGACUUGACAGGACUAGUUAUGGCUACAAAGGACCAGGAUGUUCUUAGUGAUGAGGAACUUCUACGCAUUUUAGAAGGAUCAGAGGACUCUGAUCCAUCCAGUGCUGAUGAAGAUGGGCCUUGGGAGCAAGAUUCAGAGUCAUCAUCUGACAAUGAUAGUGACACAGAAGAUGACCCUAACCUACCACAGCCUCCACAAGCACAAAUACCCGAUGAUCACGCAGAUAAUGCAGAUAAUUGGAAUGAAGUGGACUGCAGUACAUUACAAAAUAUUGUAUUUACAGGUAUGGAAAUUCACAAUUAUAGUCUUAACUAUCCUGAAAAUCAUCUGGAUCUCAAGCCAAUUCAUGUAUUUAGGUCUUUCAUAGAUGAUGAAGUGGUGGAAUUGGUUGUUUGUGAAACCAAUAGGAAUGCAAAGACAUUUUUAGAAAAAACCCUACUUAGUCACUCUGCUAGAGCUAAAGCAUGGAAGGAGACAACAAAUGAAGAAGUUUUAAAAUUCUUUGGGAUAGUGCUGUACAUGGGGCUAGUCCCUUACCCCUAUAUCCCAGACUACUGGAGCUCUAAUCCACUCUAUAAAGAUAACCCAGUUUCCAAAACUAUGUCACGGAAUCGAUUCCAGCUCUUAUUGAGAUUCAUUCAUUUUGAGAACAAUGAAACAGCUGACAAGACUGAUAGAAUUUACAAGGUUCGAAAACUUCUUGACAUGCUACAAGCAAAAUUCUGUGCUGAGUACAAACCAGGGGAAACAGUUGCUGUGGACGAGUCCAUGGUACCCUUCAGAGGGCGACUUUUUUUUCGUCAAUACAUCCCUAAUAAAACACAUAGAUAUGGGGUGAAAAUUUUCAAACUAUGUAAUCAGCAAGGAUAUACACUCAAAAUGAUAGUGUAUACUGGGAAACUAUUCAAUGUAGGACAAAAUCUUGGAGAGCAAGUUGUUCUUCAACUAUUGGGAGACUACCUGAAUGAAGGGCAUACUGUAGUGACAGAUAAUUAUUAUACAAGUGUCCCUUUAGCACGUGAAUUAAUAAAACAAAAGACUCAUUUGAUAGGCACACUGAGAAAAAACCGAAAGUACUUGCCCCAUUCUGUGGUGAAAUCAAAACUUAAUAAAGGUGAUGUAGUUGGAAAAGAGUGCAAUGGCAUUGUCGUGGCAAAAUGGCAGGACAAAAGAGAUGUCAUGUAUUUGUCCACAAAGCAUGGCAUUGAUAUGGAACUAACUGGGAGAAUAAACCGAAAGACCAGACAAGAAAUAACCAAACCAGCUGCUAUCUUGGAGUACAACAAGGGCAAACAGGGUAUUGAUGUCUCUGACCAAAUGGCCAGCUAUUUCUCGCCACUAAGAAAAACAAUUAGGUGGUACCACAAGGUGGCCUUUGAAUUCAUGUUCAAUACUUCGAUAGUGAAUGCCAGCUUCUUGUACAACAAACUUUCACAUAAAAGGAUGAAUAUCAAGAAUUUUAGAGAAAACGUUAUUAUGAGUUUGCUGGAGCUGGACCCACCCUGUCGUAACAGACCUUCAAGUGAGUCGAGUCGAACAAAAAGAACAAAUCAUCAUCUCAUUGAGAACCCAAAAAGAGAUAGGAGCAAUAGGAAAAUAAGACAGAGGUGUUCUUCUUGUUAUCAAAAAGCAUCUAAUGGACAGGGGAGAGAAUUUGCACAAAAAAAUGUGAAGAAAAUAUCAACCUUGUGUGAAGAGUGCAAAAAAUUCUAUUGUUUGACAUGUUUUCAAGAGUCUCACUAAUGAAGUUACUUGCUUUUGAAUGAAAUUAUACUUUCCUGUUAUAAAUAAAAUUACUUUCUUAUAAAUAAACUUACUAUAUGUUUGUAUAAUAUGUUUGUUUGAGUCUUACUAAUGUAUUUACUUGCUUUUGAAUGAGAUUAUUCUUGCUUAUGAGUUAUGAGUAUACUUUCUUUUUAUAAAUAAAUUUACUAUAUGUUUGAAUAAAUGUUUAUUUGAGUCUCACUAAUGAAUUUGCUUGCUUUUGAAUGAAAUUAUACUUUCUUGUAUAAAUAAAAUUACUUUCUUAUAAAUAAACUUACUAUAUGUUUGUAUAAUAUGUUUGUUUGAGUCUUACUAAUGUAUUUACUUGCUUUUGAAUGAGAUUAUUCUUGCUUAUGAGUUAUGAGUAUACUUUCUUUUUAUAAAUAAAUUUACUAUAUGUUUGAAUAAAUGUUUAUUUGAGUCUCACUAAUGAAUUUGCUUGCUUUUGAAUAAAAUUAUACUUGCUUAUGAAUAUUCUUUCUUGUUAUAAAUAAACUAAAAUGCUUCUAAAUUAACUUGCUAUAUGUUUGUUUGUUUCAUUCCCGAAGAUUUUUAGUGAGGUCACCGGUGACCUCUUGGCCUCUGAUGACAAUUGUGUCUUCCAGGUGCCAUGAGGGCACUGGUGACCUCAAACUAACUUUCUAAAAAAAAGUGUUUUUUUACAAUGGACAUAUUUUUUUGGACCUAAAACAUGUUACAUACUGUACUAGAAGACAGAUUCUUAAAAAAAAAAAAUUGGCAUGGGGGUCAUCUGGGCCAAUUAUGCUGUGGCACG